AUGUCGAAGAAGAAGGUGGGGGUGUAUAUUCUCGACGAGCGAAUCGGCCGCGGGUCGUUCGCAGCCGUAUGGAAGGGGCACAUUGAGCAAACGAAAGAGAUCGUCGCCGUGAAAGUGAUUUCCCGUCACACUGUUCACGAAGCUACGCAGCUGAACCAGGAGGUCGCCGUCCUCAAGCAGCUCCAGCAUCCGAACAUCGUGCGAUUCAUUGAUCUGAAGAAGAGCCAGUUCCACUACUACUUGGUCCUCGAGUUUUGCUCGGGCGGCGACGUCUCCAGUUUGCUCCAUCAGCACGGAGGCCGCAUCGCCGAACCGUUUGCGCGUCGUCUGCUCCAGCAGAUGGCUGCGGGACUGUUGGAGAUCCAUCGAAGAAGUUACAUCCACCGAGACUUGAAGCCACAGAAUCUAUUGCUGUCGUCGUCUUCUCCGCAUGCAGCAACGCUAAAAAUUGCCGACUUUGGCUUCGCGCGGACACUUCAGCCAUGGGACCUCGCAGCAACCGUGUGCGGGUCUCCACUGUACAUGGCGCCCGAGAUCCUCCAACACCAGUACUACGAUGCCAAAGCAGACUUGUGGUCAGUUGGAGCGAUUUUCUUCGAAAUGCUGCACGGCUGUACGCCGUUCUCUGGCCAGAACCCUCUUCAACUGCUCAAAAAUAUCGAGCGAGCGGCGCAAGCUGGCCCCCCCUUCUCGGACUCCGUUCCCCUCAGUUCGACCUGCCAAGACUUGCUCCGGCGGCUGCUCCGUGCGAAUCCCCUUGAGAGAAUGAGUCCGGAGGAAUUCUUCUCGCACCCCUACGUCGUUGAAAAACCCGCUGAAGGAGCAGAGGGACCAACUGUCUUGUCUGCUCCGUUCCGCCUUCGUGCGUCUCGUAUUGCCGCAUCGCCGGGAGCCUCGGGGACGAGGGGAGAACGAGAGGAAGGGGGAAGACAAAGAGUGGGCGAAAAACGAACGACGAGAGCAGACACAGAAGACCGAAGAGCAGGAGCAGGGCUGAUGCCGGAGACGAGACUCGGGGACGGGGAGCUAAUACAGACGAGACGAGAAAAAGGGCGCAGCGAGGGUGGAACGCAUGGCGGCGGCACGGGGGAUGAGGUGUCUAGACACCCGGCUGGCGUCGUCGGAGAUGCAGAAGAAAUGCUAAGACCUUAUCACGGCGAAAGGGGACUAACCGACAACAGCUUGCGCAGAGAGGAGGCAGAAGAGCGACCGGACAAACAAGAUGAAUCAGCGCGGUCUUUGGAGCGGGAAGGCCGCGAGACAGCGCGAGACGGGUCCCCACGGGAAGACAAGAAGCGAAGAGAAGCGGAAAAGGCAAGGCCGAAGCAGACCACAAACCCACGGGAAGUGGGAUGCGCACAGAUGCAACAUCGCGACACUGUUCCUCUGUCUUUGAACAACGAUCAACGAAGCGAAAUAGACAUGCCUCCAUGGAGAGAACACAAACGAAGGGCGCGCCUCUUUCAGAUUCUUCGUGUCGAAACUAUCCCCCACGAGAAUCUGCCCCAGAUGCUAUCUCCACACACCACUACUCCUCGUCCACCGUCCUCUUCUUCCUCUUGUUUUUCGUCGUCCUCAUAUUCUGCAGCUUCUUCUGGGUUGCCUCAGACACCAGCGGCGCCUUGUGGGGGGGACGCCGCGUGUAGGCCGGCAGCAGGGCGGGUUCUUCCGAGGCACAUCCAAGACAGAGAGGAGGAAACGACGAGCAGGAAAAACGAUCGGCCUUCACAUCUCGAAGUCCUGCCGAAUCGAAGGCCAGAAGCAGUGCGUUCCGAGGACGCGCCGGGCUGGCAGACGCUUAAGAAAGGAGGAAGAACCUGCGGUGUCUCGGCUGUCGACGCGGCGUCGCAACUUAGCGACACGAGCGAGGGAACCCCCGACGCCAUGGAGAUACCCGCUUCCUGCGAGAGGGGAGACCAUCGAGCUGGGGUGUAUGCGGAGCCCCAGACGGAACCUGAUUUGCCAGCUUUCGCCUCUCCGCUUCUUACAGGGAAAGACCCAGGUUCACUUCGUCACUGCGCGAGGGAAGACAACCGCAUGCAGGCUAAGCCGAGCGCUGCAUCUUCGGUAGGGGUACUCCCCUCUUCUUCGCCUCCAUCCCUCGUCUAUCGGCCAUCUCUGGCCUCCCCUGCAGGCGAGUCUCCUUUCUCUUCAGGUCUUCAUCACUUCCCUACGCUUGCCUCGGCUCCUGCUGUUUCGCCGUGUCCCGUCCGACCGAUCCUCAACUCUCUCGUCUGUUCUCCAUCGGCACUCCACACCGCUUUCCCCUUCUCUGGUGCAGGUUCGGCGGCGUUCUCCUCUCAGUCGCUGCUCACCAGUUCGGCCGCGCGAGCGUCAAACCGUUUUCGUCCCUCUUCGUCUUUCUUGGCGCACACUCCUUUUUCGUCCAUCGCCUCGCCUGCUGAUGCGCCGCCUUCCCCUUCCGCUUCCUCCGAUGUGUAUCCGCUUCUUCCUUGUCAGGCGUGUCCUUCUCGCGCGCAAAGCCGCGAAGAGAAGGACGAGCAGAGUGCCCAGGAGGGAGAGGAAGACGACGGGUGUGAGGACUAUGUGAUUGUGGCCCCUAUUCCCUGCGAGGGCUCAUCAGCUUCUUUCCGCCAUGCGCGCUGCUCCACAGGCGGGGCCCGUGCGUCGCCAGAGGCACUUGGAAGCCCCAAACACCCAAUCCGACAGAACCGAGAGACGCGCUUCGCCAGCUUCGCCUCCUUCGCUGACAAUCUGAGACGCUCUUGGGUCGCCUAUCGAGGCCGAGGAGACUCUGAGGCCUCACCUUCGGCCGACGGUCCGCUUCCUGCAUCCCUCUCAAACGCCAAAGAAAUGCACGCUCGGGCGCAGGAGGCCCUAAAGGAAAGGCAGCAGACGUUUCUUUGCCCGCGCCCGGGUUUUUCUUCCUCAUCAUCCGCUCCUUUCUCUUCCUCUUCUCCCUCUUCUCCCUCUUCCUCUUUUUCCUCUUCAUCUUCUUUUUCUUCAUCUUCCUUCUCUUCAUCUUCCUUCUCUUCUCCCUCUUCCUCGUCUUCCUCUUCUUCCUCGUCCUCGUCUUCCUCUUCUUCCUCUGUGUGUGCUGGUUCGUCUUCUUUCGCCCCGUGCCUCUUGCCUUCUUGCGCUUCCUCUUCCUCUUCUUUCUGUUUUUCCUCUUCUUCGUCGUCCGUUUCCUUUUCUUCCUCUUCUCUCUCUUAUCCCGCACCUUCUCCUCCCCCUCCUGCGUCGUCCUCUGUGUCUCCCGCGUCGUCCUCUGUGUCUCCCUCGUCCUUCUCCUUCGCUUCUUCUCUCAUUCCUCCCGCGUCGGGCGAGCUGGUUGCUUCUCCCUCCGUUUUCUCUGCCGCGUCUGGGAGCGAAGAGGCAAGCUUCGCAAGCGGGGAGACAGUGGCGCGCGCAAACCAGGAAGAAGCCUUUCUCUCUCUCCACGUGUCGAACCUUCGCGUCGUCGCCGUCGACCUUUUCUUCCUGGCGCAGGCACUCGCCAGAUUCGCGGCUGCAGAAAGGUGCAAAGAGCGACGAAUCCUCUUGGAAGCGAAGCAGCAAGAGAGGAGAGAACCGUGCGGGAAGACACCGGCUGUGUACCCGAACGAAGCACACGAGGACGAGCGAGAAGGCGCGAGCGCAACAAUCCUGGCGUGUGCCAGUCUGGGCCUCGUAGUCCCUGCCUUGAGGCUUCUCCACAAGGCUCUUGCAGUCACCACCGACAGGCAAAGAGAAGCAUCCCUCAUGCACUUUUUCCGCGAGGCUCUCUGCCUGGCUCGGUGGUGUGCACACAUCGCCCGAAAGGGUGCAUGCGCCCCUGAAGGCUCUGUUUCAUGCACGCUCGUCUCGGGCCUCACUCAAGAGCAAAGCGCUGUUCUUCCCCCGUCCAUGUUCUCUCUCGACUUCGGCUUUCACGCCUUUUUCCUCGCGCGUUUCUACGACAAUCCUGCCGUCGGAGACUUCCGAAUCUGCGCAGGCUAA